CUAAAAUCUCCAUAAAGGAGUUCCUAAUUUUUUGAAGUGAAACACUGCAGUAUCCAUUAAGCCAGAGUUGUAGUUUUUUAUAUUUUUAUUUUUAAUAAUUAAUCAUUUAUGCAGAAGAUGCAAAGUCAGGUUUUUUUUUUUUAAUCCCCUACUAUUCUAGAAGUGUCGCUUUUAUUUUGAAAAGAAUAGUACUUUGACAGGAAAUGUUUCAUGCCAGGUGGACACAGGCGCUAACUCGACACUUGAGAAACGUUGCAUGUGGAGUCGCCGUUUCCACAACAAUAACAGCGUUUAAAGUGAUGAGAGAUCCGUAUCUGUUGACGCAGCCGAGUGUCCGCCCGCAUCAUGUCCAGCAUCCAGGUGCUCAGAGUCCUCGUUAACGAGCGGCUGUCCGCGGCCGCCGAGGAGAUCUUCGAGGCGGUUAAAAAAACCAUCGCGGGCUAUGAGGAGGAGAUCCUGCUCUCCAAACGGGAGAUCCGCCGGCAGCGCAGGAUGCUGCAGACAGUUUCAAAACCAGAAAUAAAGAUAAACAAACACUCAGACCAACCACAGCUGGCUCUGUCUGUCUGGGACGAGGAUUUCCCCUCCGAUCAGCAGCAGCAGGAGGUGCAGUGUGAGCCGGACUGGAGCUCUGGUCUGGACCAGGAUGACCAGGAGCCUCCACAGACAGAGAAAAACCAGGAGGAGCAUCCCAGUAGCCAUGAGCAGGAGCAGCUUCAGGAGCUGGAGGAAGACAACACCAUCAGGAUCAUCUUCACGCCUCCGUACGUGAAGAGUGAGCUCGACCAGCUUCAUCCCAGUUAUCAGAGUACUAAAGGAGGAGGAGGGGAUCCUCUGCCGAGCACCUCAGCUGAGCAGGAACAGACGAAGGUGGAGGGCGACGACGGGGCUUCCUCCAGCUGUUCCGCAACCGACCACGACGAAAGUGACGAGGAGUGGAGGGGCAGCAUUGGGUCUCAGAGCGACGACAGCGACGACAGCGACGUCAAGGACAAAUGGAAGAAGAAGGAUGCUCGUCUACCGAUGGCCCCAAAACUGCAUCCGACAAAAAAGAAUAAAUCACGAAUCUGCUGUAAAGUCUGCGGGAAAGCCUUCCACGCCAACGUCUCUUUGGUGAAUCACAUGGAAGUUCACCCCAAGGACGUGUGCGGUGUCUGCGGGGAACAUUUCGAGACGGAGGAGAAAUUUAAAGUUCAUGUGAAAACACACGUGAAGGCUGAAAUCUGCAGCAUUUGUGGGAAAUGUUUCGGGGCGUCCAGCUCUUUGGAGACGCACAUGAGGGUCCACACGGGAGAGAAACCGUUCAACUGCAGCGAGUGCGGAAAAUCCUUCAACUGUCGUCACAACAUGAUGCGACACAUCAGGAUCCACACAGGGGAAAAGCCGUAUCCCUGCUCCGUCUGUGGCAAAUGCUUCAAUGACUACUCUACGUUGAAACGCCACCUGCAGGUUCAUUUGCACAAGAAGAACCUCGACCCAAAUAGUACGUCCGCAAACGAGAAUGAAAGCGGCAACGACAGCGAGAAGAAGAUCAAAACUUCGUCACUAAAGAAGCAGCAGAGCCGGACUAUAUGUGAAGUGUGCGGGAAAAUGUUCCACUCCAUGGUUUCCCUGGUUAAUCACGCCAAAAGUCACGCCACAGACCUCUGCGGCGUCUGUGGGACACAUUUCGAUUCAGAAGAAAACUUAAAACUUCACCUGAAAACUCACAAAAACGGGAAGGUUUGUGAAGUGUGCGGCAAGUGUUUCGACAGUCAGGGGAACCUGGAGAUGCACAUGAGGAUCCACACGGGGGAGAAGCCGUUUCUCUGCAGCGAGUGUGGGAAAUCCUUCAACUGCCGACACAACAUGAUGCGACACAUCAGGACGCACACGGGCGAGAAGCCGUACCUGUGCAACGUCUGCGGCCGGUGUUUCAGCGACCACUCCACUCUGAAGCAGCACAGCAGCACGCACACCGGGGAGAAACCACACCGCUGUGAGGUCUGCGGGAAAGGCUUCCACCGAAAGACUUAUGUGAGGCUUCACAUGAAAAGCCACACAACAGAGAAGUGACUGUUCUGUAAAUAUGGAGGGGUGUAAAUAAAGGCUUUUUAUAGGGUAAAUGUGCCAAAUUCGCCUUUGUCACCUUAGAACUACAAUUUUAUCAUGACUUUUCAUUGGCAGCAUUGGCCCUGGAUAAUCUAUGACCAUGUAAGAUUCAUGUUUACACUGCCAUAUGCUCAUAUUACUGCCAUGUAUAAUAUGAGAGGUGUUACUCAUGGUGACAGGAGGUUGGACCAUAAAAAUAAUACAGGUUUAAAGGUGUAAAAAAAAAGAAGAUCUUUUAGCCACUUGGGGGCAGCAAAACAAGCUUUAAACUCAGCAUAUCGCCUUAUGAAGCUAAUAAGACAAUGAGUCAGCAAUUAGUUUCUCAGUAACACAGAGAGAGAGCAAUGUUAUCCCAUUGGAGUUGUGUUUGUGUACCCCUGAUGAAUCUUAGUCCAGUAUUCACUCUCCUUUUCUCACUGGCCAUCUUCAGUAGAUUUAAAUUGCACAUCACAUAAGUUAACACACUUCACAGGUUAAAAUAUAACAUCAGACACAAAACUAUAAGACCUCAUACCUACAUACACACACACACACACACACACACACACACACACACACACACACACAGGCAGAAUCUGAAUUUGAAACGGGGAAAACAGAUUUAAGUCUGGAUUUGAAAAACUGUACCGUUUGUUGACCUUUAUCACAGCAUUCACACAUUUUGACUCGUCAUAGCAGGAGAAGCGCAGGUGUAAUUGAAAACAUUAAAAACACAGCUGCAUGCCAUUCAGCUGACAUCGUUAUCAUUAUUAGUAACACACCUGCUUUUUCUUGUUACGACAGGUUUAAGUAUCUGCUUGAAAAAUGGUGUGUUGCAAACAAGGGGAGCUCAGUGAGCAACAGAAGCUCUACCCCCAAAAAGAUUUUUUAGUUAAGGAAGGAUGUGAUGGAGUAUAGGGAGUCAUAAAACUGGAGAUGUAGGAAGGAGCCAAUCCAUUCAGUGUCUGGUAAGUUCACCUCUUCCUGAGAGAAAUGUCUGGCUCUUUAGCUGUCAAAUGCUCCACUAUGUUCCCCAGCUGCUCUCUGACUGUGUCUGUCUGCAGGUAGUGGAUAGUAGCUGUAUCAGAGCCUGUUUGAUGGAAACAGCUGUCUGCUGCUGCUGGGAGACUGAACCACAACAGUCAAGUCGUGGUUCAUAAAACUAGAACAAUGAUCUGAACAACACUAAACAGAUCUUACGGGAUUGGCCGCCCCCUUCAAACUGACUGAAAAUGUGCCAAAUGAGCUGAGCACCGUUUUCCCAAAAGCAUCUUAAGGCUAAAAUGGCCAUAACCUCAUUUUAAGUCUGUGGGAUAAGAUCGUCUUAGAGUUAAGAUUCUGGUUCCAGGGAAACUGGUUCUGGUUCGCCUCAACAACCUACAAGUCAUUACCGACAGUUCUGGAUUAAAGAAUAAGGUCAGAAAUAAUAUCCUGUGUUUUAGUCAUUGCUAACAAAUUCCAUGUUUAGAUCCAAAGCAACAAUGGAAGGAUGUUUGUCUGUAUUCAAUACUUUGACUCUCAGCAAAGUCAUUCUUUAGAAAUACCUUUUUUUUAUAUAUAGUUUCAUUUUAAAUGAAAAAGGUUCAGCUUUUUUCUCAAACAGCUGCUCACUGUAGAUUUUAUCAAAGAGGAGGACAUACAUGUGUAUAAAACAUUUUUUGGGACUAUCUUAAGCAGCGUAUUAAUCUACAUUUGGUGCCGUAGUGAGUGUUAGUGAGGCAGCAGGAUGGUGUGUGUGAGACAGUCAAAAUAAACUACAGUGUGUGUGUGUGUGUGUGUUCAUGUCGAUGAGGGAACAACAGUGUGGUUCACUGAUGUGUUUAUAAUACUUUUUGGAAACAGUAAAGCUCUAUGACUCAGAGGAAGAAGAUAUAUCAGGCUUUAGAUAAAAAAACAUGAUACUUGUUAGUAGUAGACAUUCAAUUUCGGUUUCAUUGGAUUAUUUGAUAAGAGAAAUACAGAUGAUAACCAGUGUUUUGCAGUUUCUUCAAAGUUUUGUCGGCCAGUUAUUUGAUGAUUGUAAAAUUUCACACUUAAGACGCAAAGUAGAUUCUGGUAGAAAGUGGAGACAGUUUACAGCUCGGAAUCACUUUAUCUGUAUAAAUUAUUUUUUAUGUCAUAGAGUUGCAGCGCCGUCUUUUGUAAUUUGUUAUAUACUGCCUAUAUUUCUAUUUUCAUAAUUUCACUCAGAUUUUGCACUGCAUAUACUUUAUAUUUUUGGAACAUUUUCAUCUUGUAAAUAUUUUACUUUCACUUUUAACAUACUGUAUCAUAUGUGCAACAAAGUUCCCCUAUUUGCAGCUUGGGAGAACUCACACACACACACACACACACACACACACACACAGGCGCUACCGAUCACUCUGAUGUAUGUACAGUAUGUAUUCUGAAUGCAGUCUACUCACAAUGUGCCUAUGACUGACAGACUUUUUGUUAUAUUCUCAUUUAUGUAAGUUUGAUCUCAUGACAUCAGAUUGUUUUAAUGCCAAGAUGUUAAAAAUUCUCUUGAAAUGAGGACUGACAUUGUGUAACUGCGGUGUUGAGCUCAGCCAAAGAUGUUUGCAGCGCUGCGUAACUCUGGCGUUGUGUUGGAAAAUAAAGUGUUUGUUCCAAAAGUUUUAAUAAACCUUCACUUUAGCUGA